UCUGACUUCAUCACGUCCGCAGAGUUCGGCACCGUGCGCUCGAUAUGUAAACCGGUGCCGAACACGAUGGGUUUGUGCUCCGGUAUCGGGUACCGAGAGAUGCGCCUGCCGAACCUGCUGGGUCACGACAGCCCGAGAGAAGCGCAACAACACUCCGCCGCCUGGAUGCCGCUGCUCGGCAAACACUGUCACCGGGACACGCAGCGGUUCCUCUGUUCUCUCUUCGCGCCCGUGUGUUUACCGGACAUCACGGCUCCGGUGUUUCCGUGUCGGAGUCUCUGUGAGGCGGUGCGGGAUGCGUGUCUGCCCGUCAUGAGCGCGUUCGGCUUUCCGUGGCCGGAGAUGUUCAACUGCAGUCGCUUUCCUGAUGGAUCGGAGCUCUGCGUCCCCGGAGAGAAAGACCCGAACCGGCCAGAAACCACCGACAUGUCCAAAGGUUCUGUCAUGUGUGAGGUGUGCAGUCCAGAUUCGGAGGCAGAGAGAGAGAUCCAACAGAACUUCUGUAAGAGUCAGUUUGCAUUCAGACUGCGGAUCGGCUCUUCAUCUCUGGACGGGGCAGACGUGUGUGUGUUCCCUCAGGGGAGGAGUCGUGUUCUUCGCUGGGAGGCGGGGCAGCAGGAGCAGCAGUCUGCUAUGAUGCAGAGUGCCCUCUGGCUGCUGGAGGGCCAAAACUGCUCCUGCCAGGCACUGGAUGGGCCGCUCGCAGGGUCCUACAUCGCCCUGGGUGACAUGCAGAACGGGCGUAUGGUCCUCAGGAGACUUGUCAAAUGGUCUCGCGAUGAGAAAGAGCUGAAGAAGUUUAUCAGGACGCUAAUGAGACAAGUCUGCUGAGGUCACGACUGCCAGAUGGACAAAUGGACCAAUCAGAGUGAAGCAGACCAACAAAUAUUGAUCAAGUUAUUAAUUAAACAAUAAGCCAAGAAAAAAUACAGUGCAUAAACAUGCUGAGUUUUGAACUGGUAAAUGCCAAGAAAUAAUGAAGACCUCAGUGAAGCGUUUAAAGAAUCUAUACAUGCUGAAAAUUAAUUAUGUUUUUAAACUUUGUUCGUAUGGAAAUAUGUAUUUUUCUUAAAUUGGAAAUAACACAGUGGGCCAAAAAAUGAUGACCUGUAAUUUUAUAAUCUGAAUAUUUACAGCUAAUUCCACCUCUAAACAAUUCAAAACAUAAAACUACAAAUAUCUACAGUUACAUGUCAAGAAUUCAGAUAAACAAAAUUAAGAUUUAGAUACUUUAGUCAUUGUUCUAGCUCCAUAAUGAAUGGAUGGCCCACUGCGUUUAUUUCCAAUUUAAGAACAUUAAAAUUUACACUUUUAAAUCUGGACUUUUUAUAUGCUCAGAUACUUUAUUUUUAAUGUUACAAACAUUUUAAAAAUUAAAUAUCCAUCUAUAGUAAAUCUGUAAAUGUGAUGA